AUGAAUAGCGCUCAUUCUUUGGCUGGACUCCUGCUCCUCAUCAUCAUCCAAAGCAGCUGGCAGGUGCCUGACCAGGACACAGACCGAAACGCUAUGCUUUUGACUGAAAACUCCUUGUUGACUGAACCCAUUGAGCUCCCAAACGUGAAAAGACAUUCAGAGGGAACAUUUUCCAAUGACUACAGUAAAUAUCUGGAGACAAGAAGAGCACAAGACUUUGUCCAAUGGCUAAAAAACUCAAAAAGAAACGGGAGUCUAUUUAGACGCCAUGCAGACGGCACCUACACCAGCGAUGUGAGCUCCUACCUGCAGGACCAGGCAGCCAAGGAGUUUGUGACCUGGCUGAAGGCCGGCCGAGGCAGAAGAGAGUAACCUCCGC